AUGCCGUUAAACAUCUUCCGAGUCCUGGGAGACUUCUCCCAUUUAGCGUCUAUCGGGAUCCUCUUACACAAGAUGAUCGAGCUCAAUGGCGCUUCUGGUAUCUCGUUCAAAUCACAAGCUUUGUAUCUAAUUGUUUACGUUACCCGAUAUCUAGAUCUCUUCAGCACGUCGAGCAUCUACAACAUCAUCUUCAAGAUUCUCUUCAUCAGUAGUCAGGGCUACAUCAUCUACCUAAUGACCACCAAGUACAAGCCGACCAUCGAUCCGAGCCAAGAUACCUUCCGCGUCCAAUAUCUUCUGGGUGGUGCUGCCGUCCUCGCGAUUCUCCUUCCGUAUAAGUAUACAUUUUCGGAGAUCAUGUGGGCGUUCUCGAUCUGGCUGGAAUCCGUAGCUAUCCUUCCUCAACUGUUCAUGUUGCAGAGGACCGGCGAGGCUGAAGUCAUUACCACCCACUAUCUCUUCGCGCUCGGCAUCUACCGCACUCUCUACAUCCCCCCCAACUGGAUCUACAGGUACCUCACCGAGCCCGACCACAAGGCUGACUGGAUCGCCAUCGUCGCCGGUCUCAUCCAGACGGUUCUAUACAGCGACUUCUUCUGGAUCUACUACAACAAGGUGCUCAAGGGCAGGAAGUUCAAGUUACCCGUAUAA